UUUAACUAUGGCCCUCCGCUCGGAUGAAAGCGAAAAGUAAAAAACAAAUCGAUAGAACGUACCACGAAACUUCGCCAAAGCGAUAGCAUGGAGUGCAAUAUCGCAGACGCACUGUUUGUAAGCGUUUUGUACUGAGGCGGGGCCGGAUUACGCGGAAGGAAUGGAGAAUGAGAAUUCGUCGGAGGAGAAUGUGUUCGUUCGCGACAAAUACGACGAGAUCAAGACUAAAAGGAUCCGCUUGCCGCGGCUCGCGGUCCAACCGACCCAAAAGUCGGCAGACAAGGACGAAAAGAACGUCUUGUACAAGAAGGUGUCGUUGAUUCUGCAAAAACCGGAAAACGACCGUACCGCUGAGGACAACGAGACGCUGGAGGGGUGCUCGGACGUGGUACGCGAGGUGAACGAGCGCUGGAAGAAACGGGAGGCCGCCAAGAAGCGGCUCGAGGAGAUCGAGGAUCCUGAGGACGUGUUGAACGAAAAGUGUCAGAUUUUGGCGCAGGCCGUGGCCCAAUCGCGACACCUAGUGGUCUACACGGGCGCCGGCAUCAGCACGGCCGCCAAGAUACCCGACUACAGGGGCCCCAAUGGCAUAUGGACCCGACUGAAGGAGGGGAAGGAUAUCGGGGACCACGACCUGUCGGCGGCGGAGCCCACCUACACCCACAUGGCGCUUUACGAGCUCUAUCGGCAGAACAUCCUCAAAUACGUCGUUUCCCAAAACUGCGACGGCCUCCACCUGCGGUCGGGCUUGCCCAGGACCGUGCUGUCCGAGGUGCACGGCAACAUGUACGUCGAGGUGUGUAAGUCGUGCAAACCGCAUCGCGAGUACUGGCGCGUGUUCGACGUGACCGAGAACACGGCCCGAUUCGCCCACAAGACCUUCCGACGUUGCUACGAGUGCAACGGCCCCCUGGCGGACACGAUAGUCCAUUUCGGCGAACGCGGCAGCCUGCUGUGGCCGUUGAACUGGAAGGGGGCGUGCAAGAACGCGAAGGAGGCCACCACGAUACUGUGCCUCGGUUCGAGCCUCAAAGUGCUGAAGAAGUACCCGUGGCUGUGGCAGAUGGACAAGCCCGUGAAGAAACGGCCCAACCUGUACAUCGUCAACCUGCAGUGGACGCCGAAAGACGACUGUGCGAACGUCAAGAUCCACGGCAAGUGCGAUGUCGUCAUCAAGAGGAUCAUGGACGUGCUCGGCAUCCAGGUGCCUCGUUACGACAAGAGGAGGGACCCGAUGUUCUGGCACGCGACCGCUCUGAACGAUCUGGAGGCGCACACCACUAGCCGGCCCGGUCUGGCGUUUCCGCAGGAACCGGUCAAAGAUUGUCCGUACAGUCCCAUGUCGGAUCUCAACUUAAACUGUGAUAAAAGUAGGGAUAGUCUUCCGCAAGCGUCGCACACCAUCGACUCUAUCCUACACGCCGCUCCCUUCCCGUUUCCCCUGUUCGAUUACCGGUUCCUGCUCCGCCCUUAUUCGGACCUCCUGCUCUACCCUUACCAGACGAGUUUCCUGUACCCGGGCCUGCACAGCAUCAUCAACACGUUGCCCGUCGGCAAGGAGGAGGCGGGGCCGAAGGCGGAGCCCGCGUGCGAUUUUUGCCACAGGUAUUACAGGUCCCACGACUGCCUGUUCUAUAAAAAGGCGGAGCCGGUAUUCGUCAAGCAGGAGUCGAGGUACAGCUCGCUGGAGAAGAGGGACAAGCCCAACGUGUGCCUGUGCUGCGAUUACUCCACCGAGGAGGAGGAGGAGCCGGUCGAGGGCGGGGCCGACCAGAAGGUCCGAAUCCAGGCGGGCUGGUUCGGCAAGGGGUACAAAAAGGGCAGGCGCCAGAAGCGCAAGGCGCCCUGAGCCUUCCUUCAGUAUUAUAUACGUCGUCGUUGUCGUCGUCGUUGUCUCCGGUUGUGUUCUAUUUUUUUUACAAGCGCGGUUCGAUUUUUUUUUACAAUACAGUUCG